GUUCAAUAAUGAGGGUAAAAAUGUAUCACCGCACCGCUUAUUAAUUUUCUUCCGUAAACACAGCAACAUUAUGUAAAAUAUUUAUUGCGUACCAAAUUAAGUGUGCAAUGACAAUUUGAAAGGAACAUAAACAUGAGGAGAUAGUCAGAAAUCUGGACCUUACACUGGAGUUGAAUCUCGAACUUCCAACCCCACUCAGGCAUUGACAUAGAGAUUGCAUCAUGGAGAAGAACAGAGAAAUCAGAGGUCAAUCGGAAAGAGAGCCAUUGUUGCAGCAAGACCAACCUCCAGCAGUACAACCAACAGACGAGGACGACAAGAUGUUUUGGUGGCAGAAGAUCCAGGGCUACCAGCUAUAUGCCCUGUUCCUAUUUCUCAUCACAUACCUGCUGAAUCAAUUGGAUCGCUACAUGCUCGCCAUCACCAUCAAACCGAUGUCUCAGGAACUCAAGUUCGGGGACAUGGGGUGCAUGAUCGGGUCCAACUACUCUGACGCGGUCGCUGGCAGUGCCAAGUGUGGGGACGCUUUGAGUCAGACAGAAUGUCUUGCCAAGACGUAUGGUAAUGGCAGUGAAGCUCGCUAUGUCUGCAACUGGGACUACAACGGCCAGGGAUUCCAGUACCAGAUCGUAGCAGGCCCCGUCUUCAUUGUCAUCUACACGUUUGCGGGGAUCUUCAUCAGCUUCGCUGCGGACAAGUACAAUCGGAAGGUGAUGUUGGCCUCGUGCCUGAUCCUGUGGUCAGUAAUGACACUGCUGACUGGUUUCAUCAAGGAGUACUGGCAGCUGGUGCUGCUCAGAUUCGGGCUUGGAUUUGGAGAGGCAGGUUGCACCCCAUUUGUUGCCUCCAUGCUGGCCGACAUCUACCCCACUGAGUUGAGAGGCACGGCCCUGGGGAUCUACAACUGGGGUAUCUACAUGGGCUACAGUCUGUCCUACGCCCUCGGGAACCUCAUCACAGCCGCCAAUAUCAACGAUCAGUCAUAUACACUUCAUGGCUGGCGCUGGUCAUUCUUCAUCUCCGGAAUGCCAGGCAUCCUUAUCGGAAUCCUCAUCCUGCUGACACUCAAGGAACCAGAGAGAAAGAACGCGUCAAAGGAAGCCACACAGGCACAGCAAGGGGACCAGUCACUGAACAGCACAGUCUCAGAGUCAAAAUUGAAAAGACUGGGGAAAAUUCUUAAGCCUUUCUUGGCUCCUUCGUUGAUCCUGGCUGUGUUAGCUGGCUCUAUCAGGAAUGCAGCGGGAUACGUAUUUGCAUACAACACGCAGCCAUACUUCACAGGAAUUGGUCAAAGCAAGGAAGACAUUGCCAAGUACAUGGGUUGGAUCCCAAUUGUGGGGGGCAGUCUAGGGGUGGCAGUUGGAGGGUUCAUAUCUGACAGGGUCGUCAAGGGGCGUGGCAUAUAUGCAAGAGUGGCCGUUGUCAUAGCCAGUUUGCUGAUUGCAGCCCCCUUCGCAGCCGGGACAUUAUUUCUGUCUCCUCCAUAUGCAUACAUCUGCCAGAUACCAACCUACCUAUUUGGUGAGAUGUGGAUUGGUAUCACCUUAGCUGUGGUGGUGGAACUCAUACCCAGUAACAUCAGAACCUCUGCGGUCGCCGUGUAUCUGUUCAUCAUCAGCAAUAUUGGCGGCAACAUGCCCCUCCUUGUCCCUCCCAUACAGAAGGGGUUUGAAAACCAGGGAUUUACCAAGUCUGGGUCUCUAAGAGGUGCCCUGUACAUUCUCUACCCAGGCCUCUAUGUGGUGGGAGCUGUGCUGUUUGUGCCAGCCAUGUUCCUCCUCAAGAGAGACCAGGUCAAGCUGAAGGAGGCAGAGUAUGUGAAGAUGCAGACGAGCCAAACAUCCAUAGCUGAUGGGGACAAAAACAGCUGAACAAAAUAGUGAAAUAUGGGCAUUGAAGAGGAGUUCUGGGACAACUUGGCUUAAUGCAUGUGUAUAAAGUGUUUUCCCAGAUUAUCUGUGCAGUAUUUAAAGGAUAACAGGGACAACACUUUCUGCUUUUAUGGAAUUUCUUGUUACAUGAAGCCUUUUCUUUACGAAAAUCCAGUUCAAGUGGAAAUUAAUAUUCCUGAUUAGCUGGUGCAAACUGCACGUGAAUGAAACUUUACUCAUGUGGCUUAAACCCAUUUUUCCCCGAACGGGGCUCAUUCGUUCUCUUGGGUUAAAAAUGAUAAUAAGUUACCAAGGGUGAUAUGAACUUCUCAUGUACAUGUACUUAUGAAUCAUGAACAUGUAAACAUUUGUGUUAAUGAUAUUCAAAGGCUGAUCAUUAAAUAGUUGUAUCUUCUUAAUGUGUCUGUAUCAGCUGUGAAGUAAACUCAGACAAUCUUGUUGAACAAUAUUGAAACCGUGUGUGGUAGAAGUUUAGUUUUUCUUUUCUCAUCCCUGACAAUAUGUUCUUAUGAUAAUGCCAUAUAACAGCAGUCAUACAUAGAAACUUGUGACCAGAUGUUAUACAGAAAACUGACAUGAAUCGUACAAUGACGGUUUCAUCAAGAAAAACCGGUACAUGCACGCUUUGCAACAAUUAUAAUUUUGACUAUUGAUCAGUGACAUAAAUGUACGUAUGUUAUCCUGAAAUGUAUGUUAAUCUAUAGAUUCAAAAGUAUACAAAACCACCAGCAAGCAUUCAACUCUAAACAAGUCUAACCAUGAUAUCUAUAGUGCUCAUAAAUUGUUUAAAACAUGAAAGUAACUUGCCUUUGUUAAGUCUGUUAACUUCAUUGAAUGUACUUUAAGUAUUGAGUAACUGUUGUUUUGUGUCCCUUUUGGAACCAAUAUAAUGUGAAUUUAUAUGUCCCUUAUCCCAGAUUUUAUAUUUUUUUCAAAUCACUGGUAUACAGUUAAAUGUUCUGCAGGUAUUCUAAAUACCUUGACUAAUUCAAGGUAUAGCGUUUUCUAGCCAAAAUGAUCAAAACAUCAUUGCAUUUCUUAUUUGAGUUCAGACAUAAGUGACUCACAUAUUGCGGCCCUUGCCCUGAGAAAACUGGGCUAAAUCCAUGACGAGCAUUGUCCCAGUUAAGCCUGUGUAGUGAGUGUCCUCCCAGAGUAGCACGGGCAUUUAGCCAUGUUUUGCCAGAUUACAGUUCUUUUUUGCAAUGAAUUAUGCUUUAUUUUGUUUCAUACAUGUAGGCUAUAUUACAUGUAUGCACACAUGACUUAGUGAACUUUUAAAUCAUGUUUCAUUUAUUAUAAAUAUUCAUUUGAAUAUUUAUGCGAGACUGUUUGACACCAUAUGUCACUUCUUUUCUUAUUAAAAAUUAUCUUUUUUUUUAAGUUUUAUUUUUUUUGGUGAAGAAUAUACUGGGUUUUUGCAUUAAUCAGGUUUCUUUGAUGAAAAUAUGUUGAUAUUUUGAAACUGUGAUCAAUAUUUUGUUAAACCUGUAAAUACAGGUUUGUUAUAUACUUUUUAACUUAAAUCGUGAAAUAAAAAUGAUUAUUCAUG